CCAUAAGAAGGGCUAAUUUGGAUUGAGUGUGGACGCCCCUCAAGUUCUCUGUUUAUCCUUUGUAUUUUAUUCCCUAGUCGGCGAAACCCUAUCUAACAAAACUCAAGGAUGUCGCCAGCUGCUGUGGUUGAAGCCGCCAAUCCUGAGACUGAGCAGGUUCCUUCUACUGAGGAAUCCAAGAUAGAGCUUCAGAGCGAGGAGGCUGUGGUUGAAGAUGUUAAAGAAGAUGAGAAAGAACAUGACGACGACGACGACGAGGAUGACGACGACGACGAUGACGAUGAUAAGGAAGAUGGUGCCCAAGGUGCUAAUGGAAGUUCAAAGCAAAGCAGAAGUGAGAAGAAGAGUAGGAAGGCCAUGUUAAAGUUAGGCAUGAAGCCUGUUACUGGUGUAAGCAGGGUCACCAUUAAGAGAACAAAAAAUGUGCUAUUUUUCAUCUCGAAACCUGAUGUUUUCAAGAGCCCGAAUUCAGAGACCUAUGUCAUUUUCGGUGAGGCUAAGAUAGAGGAUUUGAGCUCUCAGCUCCAGACACAAGCUGCCCAGCAGUUCAGGAUGCCAGACAUUGGUUCUUUGGCAGCUAAGCCAGACACUUCUACUGCAGCUGCUGCGCCGGCUGAUGAGGAAGAGGAAGAAGUUGAUGAGACUGGUGUAGAGCCUAGGGACAUUGACUUGGUCAUGACACAGGCUGGGGUUUCGAGGGCCAAGGCUGUCAAGGCUCUCAAGAGUAACAAUGGUGACAUUGUGAGUGCUAUUAUGGAGCUUACCACUUAGGCAGUCUCUAUCGUAUAAGUCGGCCCUGGUCGACUGUCAAUGAGUGUUUCGAAUUAGUAUCAAUGUUUUAGUUGUUAUAGUCAAGGUGGCUAGAUUUUUACCCUUCCAUUUGUUUCGCUUGUCAUUGAGACAGUUUUCUUGGAACUUAUGAUCAGUGUCACUACAACUGAUUGUUUCCUUUGCCCAUUUCUAUAAGCAAAUUUUGCAACUCAAUUAAA